AUGGUUGGUGGAGAUGGAGCUCGUAGCUAUGCUAAAAAUUCUUGUCACCAGAGGGUAGUGGUGGAUGCUACAAAGGAAAUGGUAAAAGACGCCAUAGCUGAUAACCUUGAAUUAAAAACCAUGGAAAUUGAUGCUUCCAGAACAUUUAAAAUGGUGGAUUUGGGAUCCUCUACUGGCCCCAACACCUUCAUCGCCGUCCAAAACAUUAUAGAAGCUGUUGAGCAAAAAUACCUUGCUCAACACCAAAACCCUUCUGCCCUAGAAUUCCAAGUCUUCUUUAAUGAUCAUUACGACAAUGAUUUCAAUACUCUCUUUAAAUCUCUUCCUCCCUCACGAAAUUACUUUGCCACCGGUGUUCCAGGUUCAUUCCAUAGUCGCUUGUUUCCUAAUUCCACUCUUCAUUUUGUGUAUGGUGAUUGUAAUAUCUACUGUAAAAUUUAUGAUUUGCUAGGAUCUUGCCUUAUUGACUUGGUCAAGAUGGAAUUGAUUAGUGAAGAAAAAGUAGACUCCUUUAACUUCCCUCUAUACUAUCCAACCCCAAAGGAGUUUGAGACUAUUAUAGAGAUAAAUGGAUUAUUUACCAUUGAGAGAACAAACAUAUUGGCAUACGCUGCAAUGGAAAAGACAUUCUCUGCGGUAGAUUCAACCUCAAAAAUUAGGGCUGUGUUUGAGGGACUUAUCAAGGAGCAUUUCGGCAAUGAAGUUGUAAACCAGAUAUUCAACCAUUUCACAACAAAGCUCCUCACUGGAAAUAUCUUAACGAUUGAUGAUCUUGAAAACCAUAACAAGAUCGACCUAUUCAUCUCACUCAAGCGCAUCGAUCAUCAACUGAUUUGAUGUAUUAUGU